GCCGUUCUCAACUAUUAUAUAUAAACACACACAAUCACUCAAAACCCAUUUGAAAUCGAAUGCAACUCGCUCUUCUAUUGGCUCUGUUAAACCCUGUUUUGAUAUUGGAUUACUAUCCCAACUGGGUUGUUUUCAAGUAUCUCAAAGAUGGUGUCUUCUUCCUCAACUUCAAGAAUUGAUGGGGGCCCUCAAAUACUGUCUGCUGGCGUGAGAAAAACAAUCCAAUCCAUAAAAGAAAUCGUGGGUAAUCACUCUGAUGCUGAAAUUUAUUCCACCCUUAAAGAGACUAAUAUGGAUCCUAAUGAAACUGCCCAGAAAUUGCUCAAUCAAGGUCCCCUUUUUUUUCUUGAUCCAUUUCACGAGGUCAAAAGAAAAAGAGACAAGAGGAAAGAGGUUACAAUGAACGUGGGGCAUACUGCAUCACAACAGAAAAAGCACAGUGAAUCAUUAAAUCAAGGGAGCAAACACACUGCACAUUCUGAUCACAGUGUCAGUGGCAAAGGAAUUAUCCGGAAUUCUUUGCCGGAUGCAAAGGCUAGCAGAGAGUUCCGUGUUGUGAGGGACAAUAGGACUAAUCAUAAGCCAAGCAGCAAGAUAAAGCCUCCCUUGCAAAGCCAAAUAUCUUCAAAUGAACUAGAAGUCCCGAAGUUUGCCAAUAAGAGCAGCUUGAACGUGACUUCUAAUGAGCAGAAACAGACAGUUGUGCGUCAUCUAACUAAAUCUUCAAAUGGAACGACUGAGACACAGCCUAGGCAGCCAAGGGUUGUUCAGAUUAAUAAUAAGAAAGAAUCAUUGGAGGAUAAUCGAUCCGCAGUUAUAAAGCCUGUUACACAGAUUCAAACUAAGAGCACAAAUGAUUCCCAUCUAUCUGCAACUUUAUCUAACAACUCUGUGGCAGGGGUAUACUCUUCAUCUUCUGAUCCUGUACAUGUACCUUCUCCUGAUUCCAGACCAGCUGCUAACAUUGGAGCAAUUAAGCGUGAAGUUGGGGCUGUUGGUGUACGUCGUCUGUCUACAGAAGUUUCUCCCAAAGGUUCAUCACCACAAUCUAAUUCUUUUCCUAAUACACAUUUGGGACGUGAUGGUCCGUCAAGAGAUUCAUAUCGAUCUUCUGCUUCCCUGUCUAAAAGCAGCCAUCCUAGUCAAGCUCCUGUUAAUGACUCGACUUUGAAGAAUAUUCCAGUCAAUAGGCCAUCUGUUAAUAAUCAGCAGGUUAACAGACAGCAUCAAUCUGGUGGUCAUCAAAAAGUUUCUUCACAUUCUAACAAGGAGUGGAAACCUAAAUCAACCCAAAAACAAAGCACCGGUCCUGGAGUUAUUGGAACACCAUCAAAAUCUGCUUCCCCUCCUGCUGAUGCCUUAAAGAAUUUGGAAACAGAAUCAACUCAGUUGCCAUCACAUGUAGACAUCUCGGACAAUGAGAAUGUAAUUAUAGCUCCACAUAUACGAGUCUCCGCAACUGACAGGUUUCGAGUGACUUUUGGCAGUGUGGGUACAGAGUUUGAACCUUCCAGAAACCCGGGGUUCGAAGCAGUAAAAGUUGCAGAGGAGCCUUUGAUUGAUCCUUCAGGAAGUGUAUCAGUUGCUACUCCUGACUCUUCUGGUGAUGAAUCUUCUGGAAGUAAGCAAGAAGACUUGAGAGAUGAAAAUGUUCGCAAUUCUGGUAGCAGUUCCCCUGCGUCUGCAGCAGUAUCUGAACAGCAAUUGACCAGUAGGAUAGAAUCAUCAGGUCCUCAGGAUAUAGACAAGGGGGCAGAGGUUGAAUUGGUGCGUAAUAACAGUCAGUCUCACACUCCAUCUCAGUCACAACCACACCAGGAUCCUUCCCAGUUACCAAUAUUUUCUUCAUAUGAUCCCCAGAGUAUGUAUGACAUUCCGUAUUUUCGAUCAUCAGUCGAUGAAACUGCAAGGGUGCAAAGUCUGCAGUUUCCUCAGGAGGCUAUAAGCUCACAUACAGUAAAUAACAUCCCAUCAUCUACGGUAGCCAUGGUGCAACAGCCGCAGUUGGCGCAGAUGUACCCGCAAGUUCAUCUUUCUCAUUAUGCUAAUAUGAUGCCAUAUCGUCAAUUCCUCUCUCCAGUUUAUGUUCCACCAAUGGCUGUGCCAGCAGGCUAUACUAGUAACCCUUCCUAUCCUCAUCCAUCAAGCGGCAACAGUUACUUGCUGAUGCCCGGAGGUAGCUCCCAUCUGCCUGGAAGUGGGGUCAAGUAUGGAAUCCAGCAGUUCAAACCAGUCCCCACCGGCAGUCCAACUGGGUUUGGCAACUUCACUAAUCCAAAUGGUUAUCCUAUCAAUGCUCCUACUGUUAGUGCGACAGGACUUGAAGACUCGUCUAGGCUGAAGUACAAAGAUGUGAAUCUUUAUGUUCCAAAUCCACAGGCUGAGACCUCUGAGAUAUGGAUGAAUCCGAGGGACCUACCUACUAUGCAAUCAGGUUCAUACUACAAUAUGACUGGACAAACACCUCAUGCUGCAUACUUGCCAUCCCAUACCAGUCACGCCUCGUUUAAUGCAGCAGCACAAUCUUCUCACAUUCAAUUUCCAGGCAUGUACCAUACUCCACAACCUGCUGGAAUCCCCAGUCAGCAUCAUCCUGCUGUGGGCGGUAAUGUUGGAGUUGGAUUGGCUGCAGGCGGGCCAGCAGCCCAAGUUAAUGCCUUUCAGCAACCUCAGCUGGGCCACAUGAAUUGGACAGGGAACUUCUGAAGGCCUUUCUAAUCCUUGAGAAUUUUAUUAAAAGGGAUUGGAGCUGAUUAUCUGUGGAAGUCCUCUCCUCUCUUUGCCCCUUUUCUCCUCAAAACAAAACUUAAUCUACAAAUCAAUACAUUGAGUUGUGUUCAGUCCUUGCUGGUUUAUAUCUGUGAUUCAGGGGACGGUAUGUCAACCUUUAUAUGGUUGUAUGCAAGUUUAUUAGGAUUAGAGCAGGCUUUCGUUUAUAAGUUCGGCCCUAUGUUUUUAUAGCCCGACUGAAAAUAUAUCUCCAAAUGGUUUAAUUGUUUUGGAGGUUUAUCAGGUCAGGGCAGGCUCUUGGUUUAUAAGUCUGCCCUCAUUUUUUCAGCAGUCUGUUUUUUCUGAUAAAUAAUCUCAAAAUAUAUCAGUCAGCCCAAAUUGGGACAUGUAGUUCUAGCAUUUACAUAACAAUGCAUUAUUUUUUUUGUGUGAACCAAAGUGUCUGUGCAGGAAUUCUGUAGUGUAGUAUGACUUAUGUUUUGAGAUAAAUGAAUCAUACUUUGUAAUCCCAGUUUCUGAAUUAUUGGAAAAAUAACACUUUUGAUGACAUAUUGACCUUUCUUUUGCCA